AUGAGUGCUCUCGCCGCCGCCCGCUAUGGCAAGGACAAUGUCCGCGUGUACAAGGUCCACCGCGAUGAGAAAACUGGCGUCCAGACUGUUGUUGAGAUGACCGUCUGCGUUCUGCUCGAGGGUGAUAUUGAGACCUCCUACACUAAGGCCGACAACAGUGUUGUCGUCGCUACCGACUCCAUCAAGAACACUAUCUACAUCACCGCCAAGCAACAGCCCGUUACUCCCCCGGAGCUGUUCGGCUCCAUCCUCGGCACGCACUUCGUCGAGAAGUACAGUCACAUCCACGCCGCUCACGUCAACAUUGUUACCCACCGCUGGGUGCGCAUGGACGUUGAUGGCAAGCCUCACCCUCACUCUUUCGUCAAGGAGGGUGGUGAGACCCGCAAUGUCCAGGUUGAUGUCCACGAGGGCAGGGGCAUCGACAUUCAGUCUUCCAUCAAGAACCUGACCGUGCUCAAGAGCACUGGCUCGCAGUUCCAUGGCUUCCUCCGUGACGAGUUCACCACCCUCAAGGAGACCUGGGACCGUAUUCUCAGCACUGACGUUGCCGCCGACUGGCAGUGGCGCCGCUUCAGCAACCUCUCUCAGGUCAAGGCCAACGCCCGCAGGUUCAACCCCGCCUACGAGGUUGCCCGCAACACCACUCUCAAGACCUUUGCCGAGGACAACAGCGCCAGUGUGCAGGCUACUAUGUAUAAGAUGGGAGAGAUCAUCCUCGCCGCUGAGCCUCUGCUCGACACUGUCGACUACGCUCUGCCCAACAACCACUACUUCGAGAUCGAUCUCAGCUGGCACAAGGGCACCAAGAACACUGGCAAGGACGCCGAGGUUUACGCCCCCCCAGUCCAACCCUAA